AUGGGUUACCAAUCACAUAAGCAAAGUAAUUCCCAAACCAUGUCUGCCAAGGAGCAAGACGGUGCCUCAAUGAUGAGCACAUCAACAUACGCCUCGACCAUGUCCAUCCUCAAGGAGGCGGCCAAGCAGAAGCUCCAUCUCUCGUCCAAGGACAGCGACAAGAAGGCCCGCAAGGAGGCCAAGAAGUCCGCCGCUCGGUCAACCGUCCUUGUUGAUGGCGUGCCCACCAAGAAGAGGCAGCCAUUGAAGGAUUCAAUGACACCCAGGCAAAGGACCGCAGAGGCAUAUAUGAUCCAAGCCACAUUGAAGUGA